AUGAACGAUGGUUUGGGCUGGAACGGGCCUCAGUUGAUGGAUGAGUUGAUAAUCGAGGCGCACAGGCUUACGAGCUCUACCCGGGGAGUAAGGAGAAAGGGCAUGGGGGUGAGGAACAAACCUUCAGAUCCUCUCGCCUCCAUUCGCACUGUAGCGAGGUUAUUGUCUUUCGCCGGUUUCGUAUCUGAGUCAGGUCUCAUUCGGACAAAGAUAACUUCAAGUCUACAUCGAGGGGUGAUACACCCAAUGACACAGACGAACCUAGCAUUCUGUUAUACCAUCAUGUGUGCCAGCUCCUUCUCCCCUUGGUCACAUGCGGCCAUGUCACAAGCUUCCAAGUAUCGGACGACCCAAGCGAAUCGGGACACCGCACCGUAUCCGUGGAGAGAUAACAUGGAUUUAGAAGGACUCGUUGAUACUUUGCGAACAGCGGAAAGCCUCACACAAUUGGGAUUGAUGGGUGAUCAGUACGAAGUGCCAUUAUUUCUUCGGCCGACUUGUAGAGAUUGCGGCUGCACACUGGAGACGUAUGAGAACUCUCUUGCGCAGGUCAAAGCUGACACGGGAUUCGUCAGGAGGAAGACGGACCGCUUCGGUGAAGUUUUCUUCGAGAGAUCAUCCUCGCCCCCACUGGCAGUGACAGAUCCAGAAACGGACAAAGCGAUGGUUAUCAUGCACGGCUGGGAUACAGAUGGUGAUGUCGUGUGGACGUGUGGACAGGAUUUCGAAGGAGGGGAGAGUUGUCUUUCAUCCGUAUUGUCGAAGUAUGAGAAGCAGCUGACCGAGGUGGAGUAUUACGAGCCGUUGCUUGUACUUGUGCAUGAGGAGUAG